GACAAUGAGUGAAUUAUCAUUUUUUGGGUGAACUAUUCCUUUACUGAUGAUACAUGGCCCUAAUCCCCUUGCAUAGUAUUUGAGAGUGUCGUCUAACUACAGUUAAUAUUGGGACUCGUUGACACAUUGGGUGGCCUGCUUACACAUGUCUGCAAAUAACUACACUUCCUCCCAGCAUUACUCAUAUGACCAAGUGCCUGAGAGUGAGGAAGUUCACUUCUGGAACACACAGUGUUAUCCUGCUUUAUAAGCUGAAUUCUGCUCUGAUAUAUUUAAUAAUAAUAUUAUUGUGUGACAGAAAGUUAACAUGACAUUUGUUUUUCGAUCCUCUCGACUAGAAGCUUUUAAUUUGUCAUAUAUUUGUUUUAUUGCGAAACAGAAUUUAGUUUGACGUGUCGCCCAUCUCUCUCUCACACACACGAUCUUUGGCUGGUCAUGUGAGGAAGUGGAGCCGGUGAGCCUUCCGCUAUUGGCUGAUAGGAGCAACAAGAGUUGUCAUUGGUCCGUGUCUCUGACUUAUGCUUACAUCAGCACAGAGGUGCCCAUGGUUAUUGUUUACGUGUGUUAAUCUCAGAUGUACUUUACUUGUUUUAAAAGUGGAUUAUUUUCCUAUCGCCCGCUGAUUGUGUGUUAUGAUCGUACUGUGGGGGCGGUGUGAACCACUCUGUGUCCCCGCGGCUCUCAGUGACUUUGACUCUGCUUUCUGUCAUCACCUGAUGGCCACAGGACAAUUACAGUGAUACUGAGGUGGAGGGGACAUGUCUCUGUCCCCCCAGACACAAACCACGAUACGUCCUCUUAGCGCUGUGAAGAAGGGGAAGUGAAACCAGGUUCUUCGCUAUCCAGCUCUCUCCACCUCCUCUGUAAGAGCAAACUAGCACACAGCUCUGUUUUAGCAAAUGAAGAGUGUCCUGUGGUCUGACGAUGCCGGACACGGAGAGGCCCCUGUCUGCUGCCGGAAAGCUCAGCUAUGCGCUGGGACACGUCCUGAACGACCUGUGUGCGUCUAUGUGGUUCACUUACCUGCUGGUCUUCUACCACUCGGUGCUGGGCUUCAGGAACACUAACGCGGGUGUGUUGCUGCUGGUGGGCCAGGUGGCUGAUGCUCUCUCUACACCUCUCAUCGGCUACGAGUCUGACAGAAACCCCGGCUGUGGAAACUACGGCAGGAGGAAGACAUGGCACUUAGUGGGCACAGUGAGUGUGGUGCUGUCCUUUGCCUUCAUCUUCAACCAGUGUCUGGGCUGCAACUCCCUUACCCCUCAGUGGGUCAGCUUGACCUACUUCAUCCCGUUCAUCAUCGUCUUUCAGUUUGGCUGGGCGGCCACACAGAUCUCCCACCUGUCUCUCAUUCCAGAGCUGGUCACCUGUGAGCAUGCUAAAGUAGAGCUCACUGCAUACAGAUACGCAUUCACAGUGAUUGCCAACAUCACAGUGUACGCUGUGGCCUACCUGCUGUUCCACAUGCAAGCCAGUGAGGGUGGCGACCCGCUCAGCGAUGCACUUGGACCAGUAGACAUCCCCAUCUUUAGGAAUUUGGCUCUGAUUGUACUUGGUAUCGGUGCACUCUUCUCCAUCUUCUUCCACCUGGGAACCAAAGAGUCAAGGCACAGAGCCGAAGGGGAGGCGCGAGGAGAGGAUGUGAGGAAGAGGAUGGAGAAGGAAGAGGAGGAAAGUGAGCGCAGCCCCUUGCUUCCUCACUCCCAGACCUCCUCAUCGCUGCUUCAGUGGAAGUGUUGGCUGCAGCAGCCUUCUUUCUACCAGGUGGCCUUACUCUACAUGUCUACCAGGUUAAUAGUGAAUCUGUCUCAGACCUACAUCUCAAUGUAUCUUAUUAACACUCUGGGGCUGCAUAAGAAGUUCAUAGCGACGAUCCCAUUAGUCAUGUACAUGAGUGGCUUCCUGUCCUCCUUCAUUAUGAAGCCUCUCACUAAAUUGAUUGGAAAAUGUCUCACCUAUUUUGUGGGCCUGCUGCUGAUCAUGGCCUUCUCCUACUGGGUGCUGCUGGAGGACAGGAUGGGUCAGCAGGUGUACGGGGCAGCUGUGCUGCUGGGCGCAGGCUCAGCCACCAUCCUGGUCAUAUCGCUUGCCAUGACUGCUGAGCUCAUUUCCGAUCAGACUCAAAGUGGAGCAUUUGUUUAUGGAGCCAUGAGUUUCACUGAUAAGUUGGCUAAUGGAGUGGCAGUGAUGAUCAUUCAGGCACUACAUCCUUGCCACACUGUGGUGUGUUGUCCGGCCUGUGUCUGGUUCUAUCAUUACAUCAUGGUCAUUGUAACAGGAGGCGUUGCUGUCGUCGCAGCUUUGGCUCUCUGCUCCAUCCUCAUCUGGCCAAUAAGCAUCAGACCACGUGGUUUGCCUGUCAUCUCAGAUGAUGUCAUCACUGAAUAUGCAGCCAGUGUCAACUAAUACCACUGAAACUGACUCAUCUCAGUGCAACUGAAAGGUGCAAACUCUGGACAGAUUCAUGUUAGUUUGCUCGGUAACUUCCUGAGUAGCUGCUCUACUUCAUAUCGUAGAAGAUUUUAAGCUUUGGGGCUGAGCAAGAAAACAGGCAGAAUCUUCAACCUUUCAGUAACGGACCAUUCCAACAAUGUACAAACUUUUCCCAAAAACUAUAUUGACCCAUCCCAGACUGUUUUUUUUACAAAAAUCUGGAGAAUAUAGGUUCAUUUCAUUGAAGUAAAGGUAUGAGUGCCUGCUUAAUACUUUACUAUAUUGUAAUAAUGUUUGUCUUUACGUUACUGAAUGUAGAGACACAGUCACACUUUAAGGGAUAGUUCACCCCGAAAUGAAAAUUCACGCAUUAUCCACUAUGCUCAUGGAGGGGUGGGUGAAGUGUUUGAGUCCACAAUACACUUCUGGAGUCUCAGGGGUAAACAGUGUUAGACAUACUGCUCGUGUGGUGUCAUCCAAGUGUCCGCAAGCCACGACAUUCAUAUUCGACUCUAAAUGAGGUAAUUUACAUCCAGAUGAAAGUUAUAUAAUAAAUAUAUAACUUUGGAAAAUUGUGAAAAAACUGUCUCCAGAGGUAAGACUGGGAACACUCACAAAACCUUCUUGGCAAAACCUUUUUCACGAGUGUAGAAGCAGCUCACCUCAACUGGACCACUACCCAGACAAUGGGAUCUGUGAUCCUGAUCACCUGUUCAUUUGAUGAGGGACGUCAGCCAAACAAAAGGGAACUGGAAACAGUGUGUGAAGUAGAAGAAGACCAUUUAAAAUCCUGUCGUCUUGUCAGGUAUGGUGAUGUAACAGAAAACGCUUUAUUGCUUCAAUAACAGGUUGUUGCACUACAUCUUCCCCCAUAGAUAAACCACUACGUUUACAGACUGUCAGUGGUCACAUGGAGAGUCACCCUGAACUCCACCGACUGGCAUGAUGAAUGCACAGAUGACACUUAAAAAACAAAUGAAUCUUAAACUUUGAAGGUGACUUUGGGAGCAAACACAGGCAGGGAAAUUGAGCUUUUCUCUGCUGACUAAGAGACUCUCACUUCACUGGCUGUUGAGUCACUUAGCUUCAUGCACUUGGUUUUUUGGACACGUGCCUUAAUACCAGUAGAGAAUUGUUCACUAGAGCGCUCCAGUUUUAAGAGAUGCUGACGUUCAUUUCAAGCUGUUCUGCUGCACGGAAGAAUUGAGGCAUGCUGGGAUAUCUUGGGAUUUUUGUGGGUCAUCUUAUUUAAGUUUUUUGUGGUAAUGUUUCUGUUUUAAUAAAUUUUACUUUGUUUUACCUCUUUAUAAUCAUACCAAAUGUAAGAUGACUAAAAUUACUUUUAUAAUCAAAAGACACACGAACAACAGAAUGGCAUUUGCUAUAACCAGACUUUAAAGGGAUCAAUAGUGUGAUUUGUGAAUUUAUAUAAUAUAUAAUUAUGAAUAUAAGGGAAUCAUGCAGGUAAAUGAUCAGAUCAGGUCCUGAUGUUUGACUGGUCGCUGUGUGAAAGCGUCCGUCUGAAGUCAUGUUCUGACAAAGCUUCUCAUCAUUUUUCAUAUAAUUUACAAUGACUUUGUUUGUUUGCCUUUUUUGUGUCUUUGCUGCUCUGAUGACAUCUUUCAUAAAGGGACAUUAAAUAUG